GGGCAUGACAAACUUACCUCAGUUCUCAAUCGGCGCCGGCAGAGGUUUCGGAGGUUUUGGAGGAGUUGUGUCACCGUCGUCGUCAUCGUUGGCCGGUGACGGAGUUUCGGCUAAUAACGAUCGCAACAUGCAAUCGGCUGAACAGCUAGUGCUUGAUUUCAGCAAUCCUGAACUUGGUGAAAAUGCUCUUCUAGAGCUUUCUAACAAAAGGGAACUUUUCUAGGAUUUGGCCCCUUUAUUGUGGAACUCAUGUGCUACUAUCGCUGCUCUGCUACAGGAGAUAAUUUCUAUCUACCCUGUUUUGUCGCCUCCAACUCUGACUCCUGCACUAUCCAAUAGAGUUUGUAAUGCACUAGCACUUCUUCAGUGCGUAGCCUCUCACCCUGACACCAGAAUGUUGUUCCUCAAUGCACAUAUUCCUUUGUAUCUGUACCCCUUUCUUAAUACAACGAGCAAGUCAAGACCUUUUGAAUAUCUGAGACUUACAAGCUUAGGUGUCAUUGGUGCCCUUGUGAAGGUGGAUGACACUGCAGUUAUCAGUUUUCUUCUUUCAACAGAAGUAAUUCCGCUGUGCUUGCGCACGAUGGAGAUGGGGAGUGAAUUAUCGAAAACUGUUGCAACUUUCAUUGUGCAAAAAAUCCUUCUAGAUGAUGUGGGUCUGGAUUACAUCUGUACCACAGCGGAAAGGUUUUUUGCAGUUGCCCAAGUUCUAGGGAAUAUGGUCGGCACACUUGCUGAACAACCUUCGUCAAGAUUGCUGAAACACAUAAUUAGGUGCUAUCUUCGUUUGUCAGAUAAUUCAAGGGCAUGUGAUGCACUGAGAGGUUGUCUUCCCGAUAUACUUGGAGAUACCACCUUCCAAAGUUGUCUUCGUGACGAUCCAAUGACGAGGAGGUGGCUGCAACAACUGCUCCAUAGCGUUAAUGGGAAUCGGGUUGCUCUACAGGCUGGAGGAUUUGAUCAUAUGCUGUGAACUGAAUUUCAUACAAAUAGAACUUAAAUAAGACUUCCUAGUCUUCUGUUGUAGCACUUUAGAAUGCAUUUAUGCGCUCAUAUUUAUUUAUGUAGUCCAUUAUGUGAAUAAUUGUGAAGAUUAUUAUUAGGAGAUUAAGAAUAUUAUUGAAC